CACGACAAAUUUGACAUCUGGGAACGAAAGGUUUGCGUGUUCCACUGCUGCGGGUAACAUUAGUGCGUGCUCCAGUGGGAUUACCGGAGGAAGAACCGCCAUGAGAGUUACCAGAACUGCCACGGCCGGAGAAAGAGUGGUGGCGAGAGGAGUUGGUGCCGCGAGAAGAGGCACCGUGAUGAUGGGAACAGUGGAACACAGCAGGAACAGAAGCAAAUCCCUCCGUGGUGCGAAGAAAGAGGUCGUACUGUUGAGCUUGAGGCAGAAGAUCGCGUACAGGAGGAAUCGGAUCUCUGGACACCCGAUUGUCAGCAAAACCAACGAACUGGGGGCCCAAUCUGCGGAGGAACCAGUGAAACUUGUCCGACUCUUCCACCGGGCGGCCAAUUUCAGACCAUUUAUUGCAGAGAUUUUUGAAUUGACGGUCGUAUUCUUCGACAGAGAGAGAGCCACGGCGGAGGGAUUGCAAUUCAUCCCGGAGUUGAUUAGCCCGGGCAGUAGAGGAGGGAGAGAACAAUGCUUCGAGAGCGAGCUAGACAUCACGAGAAGUUGAGCAACCGACAACCUCUGCCAUAGACUCUUCGGUCACGGUGGAGAAGAGAACUCCAAAAAAAUUUUGAUCCGUGGUCUGUCAUGAUGCAUAAGCUGGGUUUGAGCUUUCAACGGAAUUAGUGAUGAUGGUCUUUGGAGGAACAGAUACUGAACCAUCAACAUAUCCAAGCAAAUCAAAGGCAGUGAGCAUGGGAAAUACUUGACUUAUCCAUAGAAGAAAAUUAGUGGAAGAGAGUUUGAUGGUAACCAUAUGAACCAUGGUUGCAAUGGGAUCUGCAGAAGCCAUGGCCGGCUUGGAAGAAGAAGACAGGCGCGGUUAAAGGGGAAGGAGGAGAAGUGUGUGGAAGUUAAACUUGUCUUAUUUGUUUUUGUGUAUUUAGUUUUGUUCUAUUUUCCGUCAAUGUUGUGUGUGUGGGGUUGGUUAAGUUUUAACAUAAACAUGAUACCAUGUUGGUACAUGCAUACGUAAAAAUAGGAGCAGUUACAUAGCAGUUCCCAUAGCAGUUUCGUUUCUUAUGUUUGUGUAUAAGUACUGGGCAUUUGUGGUGGGUUUUUUGUACCCAAAGUUACCGGGUUUUUCCCACCCAUGAAUGAAGAAAAAUUUCUUGAAAAAGCA